UUGGGUUUUUAAACUUUUUUGUGCAGGUACGAGAAAAAUUGAUGUCGGCAUAAAAUUGAACAUUUUCAGAUUUUCAGAAGCAGAUAUGUGAUAGAAAUUUUUGUUAGUGUGGAGAAAUAAGACGGCAACAAUGAGCCUAACUGUGAUAUUAACUAUAUUUACAUCAUUCCUUGCCUCAGCAGUACAAUGUAGUCCCACCAUUACAACCCAAAAAACAUCUCCAAUACAAAAAUCUGUUGGUGAUACAGUAUGGAUGUUAUGUCAGAUCAAAGAUCUUAAUAAUGAAGUUGUGUUAUGGAAAUUUGUUGACCACAGUAAGUUCAUAGCAAGGGGAGACAAGUUACAAGUCAGUGACGUGAAUCAUUAUAAAAUUGAGGUAUUACAAGGAGAAACUUCAGAUGCACCAGCUUCCUAUAUUCUCCAUAUAUUUAACAUACAAACAGAUGAUCAAGGAUAUUAUGAGUGUUCUGUUGAUAAAACAAACCAGACCUUAACAUACCAGCUUCAGAUCAUAGAAGCUCCAACAUUGCCACCUCCACCUGCUGUACAUAGUUAUAACUUUACAGAUUGUUGUGUCAGAGAGGGAGUGUCAUCAGCCUGCCAGCCUGUCUGUGAUCCCUUUCAGCAGGAAUUACCAGCCAACUUUGACCCAUUGAUUGCAUGUGCACUAGAUUUACCUAAACUUCUGAAAUGUGGAUCUGAUGGCAAGAACCAUGCUCCAUGUUGUAAGAGGAGAAGUCUUCCAGACAUAUGCCAGGAUUUUUGUUUGGGGAAGGUUCCAUCUAACCUAGAAGAUACUCAUCUGGAGUGUAUGAAUAAGACAUUGGAUAUUAUAAAAUGUUACGAGGAAGGCCAAAAUGUUCUACCUUUACCACCAACAUCAAUAUCAACUGUAGCUAAUGCUAAUGGAUUUGUUGUAAACUGGCAGCCACCAACAAAGAAUCAAAAAUUGAUUAAAGGCUUUUACAUCCAUUAUAGAUUGUCAGCAGAUACUACUUACAAAACUAGCCAGAAAAUUAACAGAGAUCUGACAUCAUCUUUGAUAGGUGGACUAUUGUCAAACAAGAUCUACGUUAUCUAUAUGUCAUCAUUCUCAGAUUAUGGAUCCAGUCAACCUUCAGAAUUUAUUACCCAAGCCACCUUAGGAGGCCAAGCACCUAUAGAACAGAACUAUAAUAUACAAGUUUGUUGUGACAAGGCAAAGAUACCAAUGAUGUGUAAACAGAGUCUGUGUAAAAGUAACGUGUUUGAAGACCUUGACCCUUCAGUAAUCCUUAGUUGUUAUGGAUACCUGGAUGAGAUGAUGAAAUGUGUCACAGGGGAGAGAAACCAUACAGGCUGUUGUCAAAGAAAUGGUAUUUCUGAUGAAUGUCUCGGAUUUUGUUCAGGAAAUAUGCCUUCAUUAGACAAUAACCUGUCUCAGUGUAUGAUUAAGUUACCAUUGAUAGAAGCAUGUGUCAGAGAAGGACUUGCAACCAUCCCAGGUCCUCCUGAGAAUAUAAAGUUGACUGAGGUUACUACAACCACAGCAACAUUAAGCUGGGAUCCACCAAGUACUGGUGCCAAUGUAACUCAGUACAUUGUUUCUUACCUUGAACAUAGUCUGAGGGAUAGAGUUUCAACACCAAAUAAGAAUACUACAGACAGUACUACAAUCCAGCUGACAGGGCUAACCCCUAACACAGAAUAUGAUCUUACAGUUAUAUCAGCCAAUGAUGCUGGACAGAGUUUGAUGUCACCAGACAUUGCAUUUCUCACGUUUGAUAUAUCACCUUCAGAACCUCCUAUAACACCUUCACCAGGCCCUGUCUUGCCUUAUAACCUGACUGAAUGUUGUAUGGAGAAAAGCCUCAGUCAGAAAUGUUUGAAAUUGUGCGACUAUGAUUUUAUAAUUAGUGCUUCUACUACAGAAUUAUAUACCAUAGCACUGGAAUGUAGUAAUGAUUUUGAUACAGUGAUAUUAUGUGGGGCAGAUGGUAGAGAUCACACCCAGUGUUGUAGAGAGAGACAGAUUCCAGAAAAUUGUCUUAAUGUUUGUAAAGGAGAUAUGAAUAAUGCAGAUAUUUUGUGUGCAUUCCAGGCGCCAAAAAUUACUCAGUGCUUUGUAGAAGGGAUAGUUGAUCAGCCAAGACCUCCAUCCAGUGUUAGUAUAGCUCAGAUAACAUCACACACUGUCACUGUGUCAUGGUCUCCUCCUACAGGUGGACCAAAGGCUGAAUCUUAUUAUGUCUAUUACAACAAUCCUGUGAAGAAAGAACCACAGGAUAACAAAAUAAUGACAAACAAGACCACAUAUAUUCUACAGAGCUUAGAAAGUGGAUAUACGUAUGAUAUUUAUAUAGUAUCUGCUAACUCGGAAGGAUUCAGUAUCCCAAGUCCUUCUUUAUCUGCAUUCAUACCACCUGAUGAUCAUUCAUUCAAUUGCAGUGAUGACUUUGCAAAGUAUUCCAACAACAGCAUUGAUCUAAAAUCAGUUUUAUCAGUAAAGAAAUACACUCAAACAACAGUGGGCAUCUGUAAGCAGAAGUGUUUAGCAGCAAACUAUGGAGAUCAGUGUACUGGGUUUAGGUUUAAUACUUCUACUUGUUUGCUGGUCAUAGGAAAGCAUGGAAACAUAAGACAAGAGGAUGGGGCAGAUUUCUAUGCCAGGAACUGUGAUUUCAAGACACUGAUUCAAAUCCCAAAGCCAAAUAUAAGUACAGAACAGUACUGGACAAAUCAACAAGAGUGCUGUACAAAUCAUAACAUCAGUGACAAUUGUAUGUCCUAUUGUCAGACAGGAAAUGCUUUCUCUAGUCCAGAUAAAUGUGGCAAUGAGUUCCCUACUGUUGUAGCUUGUGCAUCAGAUGGAAAGAAUCACUCCUCAUGUUGCCAACAAGCUGGUGUACCUAGAAGUUGUCUGCCAUAUUGCUGGGGAGCUGUGAUGGAUAAGGACCAUCCUGUUGCACAGCUGUGUCUUAGUUAUACCAGAAUGUUUGUCACUUGCUUUACCAAAGGAGCAAGAACUAUUCCAUCAAUGGUAACAGGAUUUAGUGCAAUAGACAUUCAAGCAACCCAUGUAGUACUGUCAUGGAUGAAACCAGACCAGAACUGUAAUGAAUCAGACUGUAGAUAUGAUGUUCAAUGGCUGUCAAAAGGAGAAUCAAAUACCAUAUAUGCAUUGGAAACAACAACAGCAAAUAUAACAAAUCUACAGCCAGAAACUGACUACCACAUAACUGUAUCUGCAACCAAUCAGUAUGGUAGUAGUUUACCUUCACCGUUGUUAAAUGUCAGAACCAGACCUAUUAAUAAAUUUGAAGUGAACUUCUAUAUCCGACCUCGAAAAGUUAUAGAUUCUGGACUUCCAGUAAGACUAAUAUGUGAAGUGUUUGGAGCACCAGAAGCUACAGUGUCAAUAUCAUUCAAAACCAAAGUAAAAACCACUAAUAGAGAGUUUGCCAUUGAUUCAGUUAGUAAAGAUGAUGCAGGAGAGUAUACUUGUACUGUCAAACAGGCACCUAAUGUUGUGGAUACUGUGGUCAAAACAUUAAAUCUUAUGGUCAGAUACAAACCUGAAAUUUUGCAAGUAUUUAGUGACCAUGUAGAACCAGAUGCAGCAAAGACUGCUUAUCUUAAAUGUAUAUUUAAUGGUCUACCACUACAAGUGACAUGGAAAAGAAAUGAGAAACCUGUCCCAGCAAGGUAUCCAACUACAACCCAUGUUGUUUUUAAUGCCGAUGGAACCAUGUCGGACACCCUACUGAUCCACAAUAUCCGUUCAGAGAUGUUUGGUAGAUAUGAAUGUAAUGGUACAAACAAGUUUGGAUAUGCUGUUGGACAAUUAUCACUAAAGAGUGACUAUAUUCCUCCUACUGAGGCCCCACUUCCAACUCCUGUGGCUGGAAAUGUAACAGAUUGUUGUAGAAGAGGUGGUGUUAGAGGUGUUUGUAUGGAGUUGUGUGAUUUGACAUUAGACUUUGCUGUGAUUACUGAGGAUAAAUAUGAUGACUGUUUACAACUUCUACCGGUUUUUGCUAGCUGUGCUGGAGAUGAAAAAGACCAUAGUUUUUGUUGUGAUCAACGAGGUGUAAAGCCAUACUGUAAGCCUUUUUGUAAAGGUUCCACACCAGAUUUGUCAGAUACACUAUCACUAUUAACCUGUGUUGAAGAGGCUACAGAUAUUGUAGAAUGUAUAGAACAAGGAAGAAUACUUAUUCCAUAUGCGCCACAGAAUGUUCGAGCUGUACAACAAAGUGAUAGGAUCCAUGUUCACUGGGACGCACCAAAAUAUGGUACUGCAAAAGUGACGAAAUAUGAUAUCUACUACAAAACAUCCAGGGACUUGACAGUGCAACACAUCACUGUUGACAAAACAAUAAAGAAUAUAAAUUCAAUAAAGAUACCACAAAAAAGCAAUGGCGUUUCAUAUUAUAUCUGGGUUACUGCAGGUAACUCUCAUGGAAACAGUUUACAAGCAGGACCUCGUGCUCCACUUAAUGUUUCAGAUUUUCCACCAUUAGCUCCAAAAGAUCUACAGGCAGGAGCUAUAACUGGGAAUACUAUAGACCUGACAUGGACUGCUCCAGAGUACAUUGCUAACAUAGCUGAUUAUGUUGUCUUCUAUAAAAUUAGAAUAGAAAAUGGAAUUCCAAAAGAAUUAACAGUGCCAGUACCAUCAACUAAAACCACAUUGAUAUCACUGUCUCUUAGUACUGAAUAUGAAAUAUAUGUUGCUGGAAGAACAAAGCUAAGUGUUACUGGAGACAAGUCCAAUGUUAUCACUGUUAAGACAGGUAGUAAAAUUCAUGUCACAGAUGAAAGCAAUGGUAAACAAGAUUCUGGAAGUAGUAGUGGUGUGGUAGCCGCAGUAAUUAUAAUCAUACUGGUCCUGGUUGGAGCUGCAGUCGCUGGUGUUCUAUAUUACAGGAGAAGGAACCGUCACAGAUUUUCUGAAGCUGUUACUUUUGAGAAUCCACAAUAUGGUACAGCUCAUGACUCACAAAUAAAGAUAUCUGGACUACCUACAGAUUCCACUGAAGACAAUCCAUUUGGAUAUUCUCCUCUACAGGAAGAAAGAGAAUUUAAUUCUCCUAUGUUAGAUGUGGAUCAUGUUGAGUUUAAACCAAGAAAAUAAUCAUUCCAGAAGAUCAGUUUUAUUUGAGAAGCUCUGUGGUCAUAUACAACAGUAAAUUAAUUGUGUUUGUACAACUUGAUAAGUUUAACAUUAUUCCCACCAGACAUUAUAUCACACCAUUUGUAAAUUGUUUAACAUCUCACCAACAUACAAUCAAUUUUUUUUGUGAUUAUAUUUUUCUUACUUUACUUUAGUAUGUUUCUUUUCAAAAUUUGGAGAACAAAUAAUUGUGACAGAUUUCUAUAUUUGAUGUGAACAUCCCAAAAUUAUUUAUAAUUAAAAAAAACAACAUUCCUGAAUGCUAGUCUCUAGACAGGUAAAAUCUCCCACAGUUGAUAAAUAUCCCAAGUUAAUUCUGUUAGUUGUUGCAUAUUAUACAAAAAAUUACAUAUUGGUGUCAAAAUGCUAUUUAUUUAAGCAUAGCAUUAACUUAAUAUAAAAUAAGGAGAUGUGGUAUGAUAUCCAAUGCCAACUAUUCACCAUAGAUCAAAUGAUGUAGAUAUAUUUCUCUUAUGAUUGUGGCCGGUUAUCUAUUUCUUGCAUGAAGAGAUAAAGUCUUGUAUCACAAUUCACGGAGUGUGAUAUGAAACUAUGUUAAUUUUGAAUGGCUUAUCCAGCAUCAGGAGACAAUAUUACGAUAUUUCCAUUGGAUAUUCUUUCAUUCAUUGUUAACUUUCUAAGGUUAAGGCGAUGUAAAUUUCAUCCAUGGCAACGAAUAUAUUUGAUUUCUUCAAUAUUAUACAAAGCUUGCACACUUUUCUCCUGGAAAUCUUCUUUUUAUAAAAUUUUAUUACAUUCUGAAGAGUACAAAAACAUUUAAAAUGUCUGAUGUUAAAGUUUGAUGCAGGAAAUGGAUAUAUGAUGUCAUACUGGAAUGUGCAAAAGAACAGAUCAAUGAUUCACGGAAUAUUUUAUUUAAUACAAAGAGAGUGUUGAUCAUGAGAGAAAUAGGUUUUACAAUUAGUGAGAAUUUGAUAUAGCUUGAUAUCAACUCUCGUUAUUUAAUUUAAAUAGUAAUAAUAAACUCGCCAAAGACUGUUUUUUUAUAAUAUUGAAAUUAAAUAACACAAGUUGACAUCAAGCGAUAUACAAUUCUCACUCGUUAUGAAACCUAUAAUUAUCUCAUUAAAUUCAAUAAAAAUAUCUGCUUUAAUAUGAUUAUCAUAUUUUAGACUUCUCAUAUAGGUUGGAUAGUUGUCUAUUGGCAAUCGUACCACAUCGUAUUUUAUACUGAUAUUCUUAAAGGGGCUAUGUUUAUAAUUGUAAUAUCUGUUUGUAAGUCAGUUCAAUUCCUAUGAUGCUGUUUUUUGUGAAGCCAUGGUUGUGGGCAUUCUACUUUAUUACUGCAAUGCUUGUUCUCCCUUUGAUGAUAUUUUUUUUUACAUUUUUGUGCAUUUAUUAGUUGUCAGGAAAAAGUACUUUUGUUGAGAAGACUUUUUUUGUGUAAUAACUUUACUAUAUCUGUGUUAUAUUUAUUUGAAUCUCAUGUGGUAAGUGAACAUAAUUAUAAAAUAAUCAUUUUUUCCAGAGCUUUAUACAAUGUAUUUUUUUUAUCAAAACUGAUAAUUGUUAAGGGAAGCUCUGAUAUUAUCAAAUGAUGAAGAAUACCCUUUAUAAGCAUUUUUUUAUUGAAAUAAUAUACUGGUAAAGAAAAAUGUGCAAAUUUAGAAUAAGAAAAAAGAAACAUAUUUGAGGGCAACAAAUUGUCCAAAAUAAACUGAAGGACAAAUACUAGUAGUCUACUUUAUUCCAAUGAUAUUGUCAUGAAGACCAAUAUUUAAAUCUGCUACUUUUUAGACCAUGACUCAUUUGCUUAUAUUUUAAUGGCCUUGUAGAAAGGUAUCAUCAGCAUUAAAAUAAAUCAUUGUCUAUGCAAUCAUUUAUACUUCUGUAUGUAUCCAAAGUUAUUUUUAUACAACCGCAAACAUUUAUUUGGGAUUGUAUAAUGGUAUAAUGUCGUCGUCGUCUGCGUCGUUGUCCGAAGACACAUUUGGUUUCCAGACAAUAACUUUAGUUUAAGUGAAUGGAUCUCUAUGAAAUAUUUUAAGAAGGUUCAAUACCACAAAAGGAAGGUUGGGAUUCAUUUUGGGGAUGAUGGUCCCAACCGUUUAGGAAUUAGGGGCCCAAAACAAGCAUUUUUCUAGUUUCAGGAUAAUAACUUGUGUAUAAGUAUUUUGAUUGCUCUGAAAUUGUACCACAAUGUUUAAUACCACAAGUAGAAGGUUGGGAAUUCAUUUUGGGGGUUAUGGUGCCAACAGUUUAGGAAUUAAGGGCCAAAAAGGGGCCAAAAACAAGCCUUUUUGUAGUUUCCAGACAAUAACUUGUGUGUGAGUGUAUGGAUAUCUCUGACAUGUACCACAAGGUUCCAUAACACAAAGGGAAGUCUGGGAAUGAGUUUGGGGGUAAUUGCCCCAAACAUGCAGGAAAAAGGGGCCAAAAAAGGGCCAAAAACAAGCAUUUUUCUAGUUUCAAGGCAAUAACUUGUGUUAAAGUAAAUGGAUCUCACUAAAAUUGUACUACAAGGUUCCAUACUACAAAAGAAAGGCUUGGAUUGAGUUUUGGGGUAAUUGCUCCAAGGAGGGAUUCAAAAAUAUUUUUUCCAAUUUUUUAAGGGGUUCAUAUUUUUUUUUCAAAAUUUUUCAAAUUUAUAAAAUUUUUGAAAAGUUUCAAGAAGAAAGAAGAAACCUUCAGUUGCACAGUAUUGUGCAAUAGAUUUGUAAGAUCUUUGACCACAUUUAUUUUGUGUCAGAAAGCUAUAUUAUGUCAAAAAUUUGAUCACAACCCAAAUUCAGACAGUAUCAAGCUUAAAUAUUGUGUCCAAAUUUGCCCCAACUGUUCAGGGUUGGACCUCUGCGGUCGUAUCAGGCUGCGCUCAGCGAAGCAUUUUAUUGACAAAAUUAUUUGGAAUUUAGAACUUUUCUGAGAAACUACUUAACACAGAUUUGAUAUGAAUUUGACAUUUUUCAUGUCUUUUUAAGCUGUUGAAAAUCAGAAAAUAAACAAGUAUGAGGUUUCUACACAAAAGAAUUGAGCAUGUUUCAUUUGUUUAUUUUAAAUUUUUAAAAAGUAUUAGUCUGAUUUUGACACUUUUCACAUUUGUUUUUCCAGAAUUUUGUCCCUACAUUGGUAUUUGUAAAUCAAAACAUCAUUUGAAAUCUGCAAAAGAAAUUGAAUCCAGCAUAUUAUGUAAAUUUCCUCCUACCAUAGACAAGAAAUGUUACUUUAUGAUAUACAAGUUCAGUUUACUGAGAAAUGUAAUAGUUUUCCUAUAUACAAACUGGUUCUGCUUCUGUGUCACAUUAUUUUGUUUCUUUAGAUUUGUUCAGGGUGAGAAACAUUCCAUCCAUUUGUUAACGGUUGGGGACCAUAAUUUAUAGUUAUGAUUUAAUUUUCACUCAUGUUUUAAGUUUAUUUACAUGGAAUAUUAUUAUCAACAUUAAUAUAAUACAGAAAAUAAGUUGGCUAAUGUAUGUGUUACACAGGGAUCAAAUAUCAUAUGUCUGACUUGUUGUGAAAUUUUUUUUGGAGGAGGUAGUAGAGGAGUUGCAAUGUUCUGUAUAAAACAACAUCCAAUGUAUGAAUUAUCUUUAAUUAUCAUCCAUUUUGUAAAUGAUGAAUCAAGUUUACAAGUUAUUGUUUAUAAACAUAUCAGAUGAUUAAAUUCAGUCCAUUUGAUGCCUCUAAGUGAUAUUCAUUAUUAAAUUUAAUCCUGUAUUAUGGAAUAUGUAACCCAAAAUAUAUCUUUAACACAUAGAAUAACACAUAACUUAUUUUUGACAAUUCGUAUCUUAUAACAAUUUAACACUGAUAUUUAAACAUGUAAUUUUUUUAUUUUAUCAUGAUAAAAAAAAUAUUCUUAAAUUGUCAAAUUAUGAUUAAAAGAAAAAUGGUCUUGUGAAUAUAGUUAUGAAGUUAAGGGAAAGCAUUAUGUAAAAUUAUAAACAGAUAUUUGACACUGCUUGCAUCCAGUCAAGUUUCAAUCUGUUUAUAUUUGUAAUGACAUAAAAGACAACUUAAUGUUGUAAAUUUCCAUUUUUGACAUUUAUUUUAAUGGCUGGGAUGUUCAUUGAAGCCAUAUUGUUUAAAUUGUAUUUUGAUCAUGAACUCUUAAUAGAUAUACAGGAUGGAACUGCCCACUAAAAUAUGUAUAAUAAAUAAAAACUGCAUUCUAUUGACCCUCGGGUUGCACAUAUUUUAUCUGUCCAAGGACAAUAUUUUAAAAAAAAUAAAAAAUUCUUUAACUUUUUAAUUAAUGUCUUACAAGAAAUAUAGGCAUAAGAUCACUAACAAUGUUACUUUUCAUAUCUUUAUAUUUCCAAGUAGAAUAACUUCUGUAAAAAAGUUGGUAGACUCUUCCAAGACCUUACUGAUAUAAGCCUUUGACAUAAACUUCAUAAAAAUUUGACAAGAAAUGAAGGUGUGAGAGUCACUUUAUAAAUUACAUUUUAAAGAGAUACAACUCCUGUAAAACAGUAGACCAGCACUGAUUUUCGAACUCACCCAAGACAUUGCUGACAUAAAUAUCAUAACAUUACUACAAAAAAUGUAGGUAUGAAAGUGCUGACAAUGCAAUUUUCUAUAGAAUUUACAUUUUUAACCGGAUUUUUGUGUCAAAAAUGUCGGUUAUUGAUUUGGGGAUGUACGGCGGUCGGUCGGUUGGUCGGGCGGGCGGGCGGCAACCAAAUGUUGUCCGUGCAUUUACUCAUGAACCAUUCAACCAAACCUUUUAAAAUUUUAAUAUGUUGUUACUGACAACAAAAUGGAGGUCAAGUUUAAUAAUGACGAUUUUGACUUUUACCGUUCAGGAGUUACGGUUCUUGAAAGUUUAAAAAAUGUUGUGUCCGUGCAUUUACUCAUGAACUGUUCAACCAAACCUUUUUAAAUUUUAAUAUGUUGUUACUGACAACAAAAUGGAGGUCAAGUUCAAUAAUGACGAUUUUGACUUUUACCGUUCAGGAGUUACGGUUCUUGAAAGUUUAAAAAAUGUGGUGUCCGUGCAUUUACUCAUGAACUGUUCAACCAAACCUUUUUAAAUUUUAAUAUGUUGUUACUGACAACAAAAUGGAGGUCAAGUUCAAUAAUCACGAUUUUGACUUGUACCAUUCAGGAGUUACGGUUCUUGAAAGUUUAAAAAUUGUCGUGUCCGUUCAUUUACUCAUGAACCGUUCAACCAAACCUUUCUCAUAAACGUAUCUCUUCCUUGUUUGACUUCAUGAUUUCUGCCUACCCACCCCUGCUGAACAAAUGUGUGUGUACUUAUAUGCUAUCUAAUAUUUCAAAAUGAUGUCACUUAUGAUAACUAGAUGGUCAAACAGGUCAAGCUUGAUUUUUGCCUUUCCAUUUGAAAACCAUACAAUUCAUUCAUUUUUUUUUUAGAUAUUUUCAAAAUCCUAGGUAGAUGGACUUAGUAAUUUUUUUUUACUUUAUGCAUUAAGGGCACACAGUUUGUCCUGCUAGAGGGUAAUUUUCUAUCUAGUUUAUAUGUUGUUAUUGUUGACAACAUGGAAGUCAAGUUUGAUAUUGAUGAUCAUAAAUUUUACCUAUUAGGAGUUUUGGUCCUUGUGAUAUUGAUUAAUGCCAGAACACAAAUAAAUGUUAAAGAAUCCGGUUUACUGUCAUUUUGACAGCUCUUGUUAAGGGAUAUAAUGCCUGUAAAAAUAAUUGAUUGGCGCUGAUUUUUGAAACAGUCUCGGACAUGGGUGAUAUAAACCUUUAAUAUAAAUUUUAUAACAAUUCUACAAGAAAUGUAGGCUUGAGAAUGGUUACAAUGCAAUUUUCCAAUGGGCAUAACUCUUUUUUAAAAAGUUGUUUGGCACUGAUUUUUAACUUGUCCAAUACAUCGAUGAUAUGGAAGAAAAUCAAAAACCUUGCUAGCAUUACAAAAUGUCAGUUUGAGGUCCUAAAAAAUGUUAAACACACAUGCACACACUCAUUGUCUUAUUACAAAUAUCUUCCCAAAAUCACAAAAGAAAAGAAAGUAAUCAUUGCAACCUCUACCCAUUUAGCUGAUAGUUGCUUACAUCAUUUCUAUUAUCCAAAAAUACAUGCAAUGUAGAAAGCUUUAACAAAUAUUUUAUGAAAUCAAAAGUUGUCUUUCAACAUGAUAUAACUUGCUCAUUAUUCAUCACAUACUUCUUACAUUACUUUGCAACAUAGUAAACUGAAUUUAAAAACUAUGGAUUUAUUCAUUUUUGUAGAUACCUAUUUUUGUGGAUUGAGGAAAAAUUUAUAUUCAAAGUUAUAUGAUUUUGUGAUUUUGCAUAUAUGCAAAAAGAAAUUUUGUACAUAAUUGAACAUUUAAAUUCAGUUUUUAUGCAUACCCAUUAAAUCCAUGAAGAUCGGUAUCCAAUGAAUUAUAAUGAACCCACAAUACCUGAUUAUGUUAGAGAGCAGAAAAUGCUUGCUUUGUAUAAAAUAUAUGCCAUAGGUAUAACACUUCUACUUGUUCAGUCUAUUUUCUAAACAUACCUCAUUUUAUAGACAUACUUUUAUUUAUAAUGUCAAUUUCUAGACGGGUUAAUUAAUACAUUUUUGUUCUUUUAUUUUUGCCAUUUGAUAUUUACAAUGACUGUAAAGUGAAAGUGACUUUUUAUGAAGCCUAUAUGACUUGUUUUUUUUUUUUAUCUUUCCACCAGAAAGUUGUGGAGACAAGACUUAGGCAUGCUGUUUCUGGAGUCAACAAUGUAUUUGUUUAUGAUUAGGUUAGUUUAAGGGAUCCAUAAGUCAAUGAUAUUUGGUAUGCAGUUGUAUAAGCGUUGGAACAUUUCAUAAAUAUAGAGAUUAUUCAGCCACAUACACUCAGGCAUGGUCUGUUGACUCUUAAACUUUUGCAAAGUUGACUUGUAAAAGUUUGUGAUUAGGUCAGUUUGAGAUGAACCACUAAUGGCAAGUCAAUGAUAUUAGUUUUUGGUAUGCAGUUGUAUUAACAUUUGCACAUCUAAUUUCCAUGGAAACUAUAUGACCUGGACCCCUCAGUCAUGAUUCCGUAGAAACUUCUGCAUAGUCUACAAGUUAAAGUUUUGACAUUUUAAUUUCACAACAUUUGCAUUAUAAUAUCAAAAUUACAUACAGGCAAGACAUAACUCUGUGUCAACAGUUUAUGCUUUGUUGGGUUGCUGUGUCAUUGAUGUAAACUGACAUUUUCUUCGUCAAGAAGAAAUAGAUGAUUUUUUUAUAUUAAAUAUAGUAUUGCAUGACAAAGUGUUUAAAACUAACUUAUUUCUCUAACUUUUUCACUAUUUUAACAUUUCCCAACCGAUUGUGAAAAAUUUGUUCUCCUCAUUGGUGAAAAACUGUUCUCGGCAAAUGAUUGGUCGAAAUUUAAUUAUGGCGUAAAAUUUUCUUGGUUUCUCCUGAAUUUCCUAUUGUGACGUCAAGAAAAAAGGCUACCAUGCUGGAUGACGUCACAUAUAAAGAACACAACUUUCUGCAAAUCUUUGAAAAGGAAGAAUAGAAAUCAAUAAAGAAUAUUUCUCCACUCUCAACAGUUAUAAAUUUUAGUUAUUUAAGCCUCGCGGUUUAAAUAUUAAAGUUUAACUGUCUCAAGUAGAGAAAUAUUGUAACACAUUUGUUGCAGUGGUUGAAUCUAUAUUUCUUUCCUAUUGUUGCAGUAUAACAUGUAUGUGUUAAUAUUAACGAAGUAACAUUUUUAGGAGUUUUGUUGAAAUUAUUUUGUAUUUUCUAAUGGAACAACAUCCUGAUAUUUUAUCUUAUAAAAUCUUUAGAUAAAACAUUUAGAAUGUCAGCAAAUUAAUCAACAAUGGCAUCCUUGAUUUACUGUCAAACCCUAAUGCUAAUAAUAUAGUAAUUGAAAAAAAAUAAUUUCGAUCUUCAUUCAAUUUAAGCAACAACAUUCAAUAACUGUAUAAUAUUACAUCUAGCUAUUUGCCCAGACAGAAUUAGUUUUACAUUUAACAGUUUCAACCAAUGUUUUUGAGCUACUCUGACAUCCACAGCAUACUAUAUACAGUGAAACCUGUAUAUUGCAGUCACCCUUGGGACAAGAGAAAAGGUCUUAAAAGAGAGGUCACCUUUGAAUUAAGAUUUAAAAUGAAUAUGUAUUACUACGGUGGGACAAGUUAAGGCUGACCUCAAAAUACAGGUUUUUAUACGACUGCCAAAAAAUGUUUGUGGUCGUAUAUUGGUAUGACGUUGGCGUCGUCGUCGUCGUCCGAAGACGCAUUAGUUUUCGCACUCUUACUUUAGUUUAAGUGAAUGGAUCUCUAUGAAAUUUUACCAUAAGGUUCAAUACCACAAAAGGAAGGUGGGGAUUGAUUUUGGGGGUUAUGGUACCAACAGUUAAGGAAUUAGGGGCCAAAAAUAAGCAUUUUCUAGUUUCCAGACAAGAACUGUGGAACGGUGUAUGGAUCUCUCUGAAAUUAUACUACAAGUUUCCAUACCACAAAGGGAUGGUUAGGAUUUGCUUUGGGGGGUUAUUGCUCAAACCGUUUAAGAAUUAGGGGCAAAAAAAGGGGAAAAACAAGGUUGUCCUCAUUAAUGGACAAAUACUUUAGUACAAAACAUAAUUUAAAGCAGUGUAAGGGAGAUAAAUCAAAUACAUCAUUGAAAUUAUCUCCCUUACACUGCUUUUAAAUUAUGUAUAAAGUAAUGGUUAAUGAACAAUUAAGAUAAUUUAAAACAGUGUAAGGGAGGUAAUCCAAAUACAACGUUUUGGUUACUUCCCUUACACUGCUUUUAAAUUAUGUUUAAAGAAAUGCAUAUUUAUAAAGGAAGACCAGUAUGGCGCAUUAGAUUUUUAAAAUCUUUGACCACAUUUAUUUAUUUGUUAUGCCGAAUCUAACCGUGUAUUUAGAUUUUUAAUUUUGGGUCCAGUUUUCAAAUUGGUCUACUUUAAGGUCCAAAGGGUCCAAAAUUAAUCUUUGUUUGAUUUUAACAAAAAUUGAAUAUAUGGGGUUCUUUGAUAUGCUGAAUCUAAGCAUGUAUUUAGAUUUUUGAUUUUUGGCCCAGUUUUCAAGUUGGUCCAAAUUGGGGUCCAAAAUUAAACUUUGUUUGAUUUCAACAAAAAUUGACUAUAUGGGGUUCUUUGAUAUGCUGAAUCUAACCAUGUAUUUAGAUUUUUUAUUUGUGGACCCCACUAUCAAAUUGGUUCAUAUUGAGGUCAAAAGGGUCCAAAAUUAAACUUUGUUUGAUUUCAUCAAAAAUUGAAUUAUUGGGGUUCUUUGAUAUGCCAAAUCUAACCGUGUAUUUAGAUUUUUAAUUUUGGGUCCCGUUUUUUAAAUUGGUCUACAUUAAGGUCCAAAGGGUCCAAAAUUAAACUUAGUUUGAUUUUAACAAAAAUUGAAUUCUUGGGGUUCUUUGAUAUGCUGAAUCUAAACAUGUGUUAAGAUUUUUGAUUAUGGGCCCAGUUUUCAAGUUGGUCCAAGUUGGGGUCCAAAAUUAAACUUUGUUUGAUUUCAACAAAAAUUGAAUAUAUGGGGUUCUUUGAUAUGCUGAAUCUAAACAUGUAAUUAGAUUUUAGAUUUUUGGCCCAGUUUUCAAGUUGGUCCAAAUUGGGGUCCAAAAUUAAACUUUGUUUGAUUUCAACAAAAAUUGAAUAUAUGGGGUUCUUUGAUAUGCUGAAUCUUACCAUGUAUUUAGAUUUUUUAUUUGUGGGCCCGCUAUCAAAUUGGUUCAUAUUGAGGUCAAAAGGGUCCAAAAUUAAACUUUGUUUGGUUUCAUCAAAAAUUGAAUUAUUGUGGUUCUUUGAUAUGCCAAAUCUAACCGUGUUUUUAGAUUUUUGUCGAGCCUUCGACUUUUGUCGAAAAAGCGAGACAUAGCGAUCCUACAUUCCGUCGGCGUCGGCGGCGUCGUCGUCGUCGGCGGCGUCCACAAAUAUUCACUCUGUGGUUAAAGUUUUUGAAAUUUUAAUAACUUUCUUAAACUAACCUGGAUUUCUACCAAACUUGGACAGAAGCUUGUUUAUGAUCAUAAGAUAAUAUUCAAAAGUAAAUUUUGUAAAAAAAAAAUUCCAUUUUUUCCGUAUUUUACUUAUAAAUGGACUUAGUUUUUCUGCCAAGAAACAUUACAUUCACUCUGUGGUUAAAGUUUUUGAAAUUUUAAUAACUUUCUUAAACUAUCCUGGAUUUCUACCAAACUUGGAAAGAAGCUUGUUUAUGAUCAUAAGAUAGUAUCCAGAAGUAAAUUUUGUAAAAAAAAAAAUCCAUUUUUUCCCAUAUUUUACUUAUAAUUGGACUUAGUUUUUCUGCCAGUUAACAUUACAUUCACUCUGUGGUUAAAGUUUUUAAAAUUUUAACAACUUUCUUAAACUAUCCUGGAUUUGUACCAAACUUGGACAGAAGCUUGUUUAUGAUUAAAAGCUAGUAUCUAGAAGAAAAUUUUGUUAAAAUUUUGUUCGAUUUUUUCCGUAUUUUUCUUAUAAAUGGACUUUGUUUUUCUUCCAGUUAACAUUACAUACAGUCUGCAGUUUAAGUUUUUAAAACAUUUAUUAGAUUCAUAAACUAUCCUGGAUUUUUACCAAACUUGGACAGAAGCUACUUACAAUCAAAAGAUAGUAUAGAGAGGAAUAUUUUUAUUAAUUUUUUUCCUCAUUUUUGUUGAGCCUGCGAUUAACAGCAAAAGUAGGCGAGACACUGGGUUCCGCGGAACCCUUACGAAUUUUUAAUUUUGGGUCCCGUUUUUUAAAUUGGUCUACAUUAAGGUCCAAAGGGUCCAAAAUUAAACUUAGUUUGAUUUUAACAAAAAUUGAAUUCUUGGGGUACUUUGAUCUGCUGAAUCUAAACAUGUGUUUAGAAUUUUUGAUUAUGGGACCAGUUUUCAAGUUUGUCCAAGUUGGGAUCCAAAAUUAAACUUUGUUUGAUUUCAACAAAAAUUGAAUAUAUGGGGUUCUUUGAUAUGCUGAAUCUCUAACUAUGUAUUUUGAUUUUGGACAUUGGACCAUAAUAGGUAAAUUAAAAAAAUUGAAGUUCUCAGACCACUUUCUCUCUGUGUCAGAAACCUAUGCUGUGUCAAAUAUUUAAUCACAAUCCAAAUUCAGAGCUGUAUCAAGCUUGAAUGUUGUGUCCAUACUUGCCCCAACUGUUCAGGGUUCGACCUCUGCGGUCGUAUCAAGCUGCGCCCAGCGAAGCAUUUUAUUGCUUAAUAGAGUUGAACUUUAUAGCAGGUUUGACUAUAUGUUUUCUACUGUCAAUAUAUAUACUGGUUAGUGAAUGCAAAUAAAUGAUCUUCAAUGAAUUGUAGGUAAUUUAAAGAAUACUCAUUCACAGAAUUUAUUGCUUAUAUUUUUCAAAUACCGGCUUUAUAUUUUCCAUAUUAAAUAUGUAAAGAAUCUGAUAUUUGUUUCUUUGUUAAUAAAGGAGGAAUAAAUUGCAUAGAGCUUUAAAUUUGGCUAAUUGUCAAGGGUUGUGAAAUUAUGAUCUCUUUUACAGUACAAAUUCUUUGUCUAAUAUCAUUAACAUUGCAAUGAGGAGUACUUGUUACUCUAUGGUGAUACCAAUAUUCCAAAGCAAAUUUAUUCUAGUGAAAAAGACAGUUUAAUACUGAUAACGAAAAUUUUGUUCAGAGUAAAAAAAUCGCAGCAAAAUUAAUUUAAAUAAUAAACAACUAUUCUUUUCUUUGGAAUCAGGAAAAUAAUGGCUAAAAGUUUGUCUAUGACUGUAAUCCUGAAGAAACAUUGAUUUUUUUUCAUUGAUAUUUAGGGUUUGGCUAGUUUUGAUAUGUGGAAUCAUUGACCUCAAAAUAAUUUGUUUAAGGGUAGAAGCAUGAUACGAUUAUUCUUUUUUACAUAUAUUAAAACAUCCCUGUAUUGUUACAUUGUUUUAAAAAUCUCUCAAUUAACACAUAUUUAAUGUUGUUUCAGUAUGAUUUAGCAGAAAAUCAUGUUGUAUAUUCUUAUUGUUUUGUAUAGAUUUUGUUUAUUUCAUUACACAAUGUUUACACCUUUUUUUCUGAAAGAGAAUUUUGUUAACUUUCUCAGAUCUGUACAAUAAAUAUUACAUGGA